AUGACGUCGUCGACCAUUUCCCAACACUUGCCGCAUGCCGCGUUGACGCUUCCUAUAUCGAUAGCGACGCCCUCUCGUGACUCGAUGACUUUUACUAGCACAAAGGGCCUGCUUAAUGGACCAGGACAGAAUAAUUGCUUUCUCAACAGCGCCGUACAGGUGCUGUGGCAUCUGGAUAUCUUCAGGAGGAGUUUCCGGGACCUUUCGGGGCACGCCUGCAUGGCGGAUUCUUGUAUCUUCUGCGCUCUUAAGGAGCUGUUCUCCCAACUACAAUUCUCUACGGAAACCGCACUUCCUCCAGACACAUUACGCAGGGCGUUAGCCGAAAGUUUCUUCGACCAAAACCGGUUCCAGCUAGGAUUUAUGGACGAUGCGGCCGAAUGCUUCGAAAAUAUGCUUAUGCGCAUCCAUAUGCACAUUGCGCAAGGCGAAGCCGAGGAUAUGUGCAAUGCGCGGCAUUGCAUCCCUCAUCAGAAGUUCGCCAUGACGUUGGUCGAUCAGAGCGUUUGCGCGUCUUGCGGCGCUACCUCGGAACCUUUGUCUUAUACUCAGAUGGUACAUUAUGUUUCCACAUCGACUUUGGUAUACCAAGUACGAGCAAAUGGGGGUCGUUUGAAUGCAGAUCCGUUUGGACAACUUUUGCGGAAAGCUGGAAACAUGGGAGACAUUAGAACUUGUCCGAGUGCUUGCGGCGCUGUAAUUCAAAUAGGCCGCACCCUCAUGAACCGACCUGAAAUAGUUUCAAUAGGACUAGUUUGGAACUCCGAACGACCGACUUUAGAACAUAUCAUGGAAGUUUUCUCUACCAUUGGAACAACUCUUCGAUUAGGAGACGUUUUCAAUACUGUCGUGGACAGUCGAUGGGCCGAGUUAUCAGUCCAUAACCUUGUCGGAGUGGUAACUUACUAUGGAAAACACUACUCCACGUUCUUCUUCCACACGAAGCUCAGAGUGUGGAUUUAUUUUGACGACGCUACCGUUAGGGAAGUAGGACCUAGGUGGGAGCAAGUUGUCGAAAAAUGCCGAAAAGGAAGGUAUCAACCUUUACUUCUGCUCUACGCCCUCCCAGAUGGUACCCCUGUAAAUACAGAAAACGCACCGAAACAAAUUACCCCUUUACUAUCCGAAAGGGUUAACAGGAAACCCCCACAAUCUGUUCUACGACGAUCUGUAACACCAAGUCCCGAAAAACCGAUGAUAGGAACUACUAGACGUGCCAUAACCCCCAAUCCAGAUGGUUCUCAAAUCAAUCAGAAACCACCAUUGCCCAGACCGUAUAACGAUUACCAGAACUUGGCUGUAAUCCAGAACAACAUCUCCCAAAGCCAAGAUAUCGAUACUGUUGAUGGUUGCAUCACCAAAAAAGACCCGGAAUAUGUGACUAGAAAGUCAUUAGAUUUUGGCAAGUCCCAAAUUGGAGUUCACAGAACGUUAAGUAACAGUUCCUCGUCUGGAAUAGAGGGAAUAAAUAUUCCGGAUCAUCUCAACGUGCCUAGAAGACGAGAUAGCGGUAAUUGGAGUGGUGAUAGAAACAGUGCUUCCUCGGCUUCAUCGACUACUAUGGAGAAUCCCUACCUUUAUCUCGUCGGUAAAGUUCCUAGCAAUGGUGGCAGCGUUCCUGGAAGUCCUACGAGAACAAAAACAGAUUACUCAAGCAGUAGCAGCGGGGUAUAUGACGCAGGAUAUGAUUCAUACUCGUUAUCAUCUAAUGACAGCUCAACAGUAACUACUUUACAGCAUUUAAUGAAAAUGGGACAUUUAGCAAAGAUUCCUGAAGAUUAUAACAAUAUAGUACCUAAUCAAAAUUCUUUAAGUUGUGAUGUACUUUGCGAUGAAGCUGAUGAACUCCUGGUUAAAUCUAGACAACUUGAGGAUGAACACGAUCUCGUUUUAGCCCUUGCUCUCUGCAAUGCUGCCGCUACUAAAGCCCGAGCUGCCAUGAAUGCUCCUUAUAAUAACCCACAGACACUUACUCUAGCUAGAAUGAAGCACAACACUUGCAUAAUGCGAGCUAGAAGUCUGCAUAGAAGGAUGACUCAAGUACCUAACCCAACCAUUAAAGAUAAUACUCCAGAAAUACGACACACAAGAGAAGGAAGCAGUAGUAGUGGUAGACAUUCGAGGCAAAAUUCAAGAGAUAAAGGUAAUCAUUCCAGGCAAAAUAGCAAAGAACUUUUGAUACCCGAAAAAGAAAAACAAAAUACCAAAAGCAUUGAAAUCUAUGCUACUUUGCCCAAGAAAAAUAAAGAUUUAAAAAAUAAAUUAUCCAGCACUAAAGUUGAAGACGACGAAUACAUGAUAUACGACAAACCUCCUGCUAGAGAAUCACGAUCCAUUUUUUCGAGAUCCAAAAACAAAGACCAGAAAGUUAAAGAAAAACGAUCCAGAAGCGAAGAUCGUAAUAAAUUAUCAAGAUGCGACUUCUCAAUUGCUCCGGAAAUCAUCACUGGAAAAGAUACGUUGAAGAAAGCUAAAGAGAAGGAUGAAGAAAAGAAAGAUAAAGACGGGAAAGCGAAAAAACAACACAAGAUUCGAAGGAAACUGCUGAUGGGUGGUUUGAUUAAGCGGAAAAACAGAAGUAUGCCUGAUUUAACAGACACGAAUUCUGUCGAAGACAGUUCUGUCAAAGGACCGACAGUUACAGUGGAUGACAGCAACGUUGGAUUAAAAGGUACUUUGGAGUCUCAAAAAAGCAUGAGCGGUUAUCUGUCAGAAGGUCAUCUCGAGUUCACAGGAAGUUGUCCCAAUCCAAACUUGGAACGAAGCAAACUGAUGAGAAAGAGCUUCCAUGGCAGUGCCGGCAAGAUUCUAACCAUGGCUAAAGUACCCCCUCCACCACCCCUUAGAACGACUUCACAACUUAGUAAAUCUAAGUUGAAUGUACCAGAAGUUUGUGAGGACACUCAGCAGUUUUCCCAAAAUCGAUUCUACCAACAAGAUUUCUGUUACCAAACAGCUCCAGUAUCUUUACCCCAUUACAAGGAUAGUUCAUUUAGCGACGAUAGUUUCUACAACAGUAGUACUAAUACCGUUAUUACACAAGCAGAAGUUCACCAGGAAGAAAAUUCCAGGAGUUACAAUGGAGACAGUGGUGUGGACGAAGUUGAUUGUCUUCCCAAUCCUCACCACGUAGCUCACAUGGAUUUACCCCCGUAUCCAAGUCCGUUAGGAUCAGCAGUUCACUCCAGACAAGCUAGUGAAGAAUUUCCACCACCUCCACCUCCGUUAGAUUUGUCAGCGCUAGAUGAACAUUUAGAACAAUUAGCACAACCUAGUACCUUGCUAGCUCAACUUCAAAAUAAACGUCAACAAAUAUUAUCUCAGGAUUCUGAUUUACAGAGAUUUUGCUCAGUUCCUAAAUCGUCUGGCGAUACUUGGUUAAAAGAAUUGCAAGCCAAGCAAGCAGCACUAAAGAGUAAAAAGAACCAAAACAACAUCUCUGAAGGAAUCGACGUAGUAAAUACGCAAAGAUUUACACCAGGGGAGAACAAUAAGCAAUCUGUCAGAGACUUGGCCUCGAAGUUUGAAUUCCAAGAGGUGAAGCCUUUGGUACAAAGUUACAAACAUGACCCUGUUAAAAAUGAGAAUAACGGUGUACUUUCCAUGAAGAAACGAGAAGAGCCAGAUCUUAUAGCAGCUGAACAGAUUGCUGAAGAACUAAGAGAAGUUGAGAUGCUCAACGCUGUAGUACAAAAGACUCUAAACUUAGGAGCAUCUGAUCCAAAUUCGAAUGAAGAAAAAAGAAAGUUAACUAAGAAAAAGAGCGUAUCGUUCUGCGAUCAAGUCAUUCUUGUUGCAACUGCAGACGAGCAAGAAGAUGACAGUUUCAUUCCUAACCCUAUUUUGGAAAGGGUGCUAAGAACGGCCAUGAACAAACCCGAAAGUGUAGCUAUAAGACAAGAAAUUAUGACGCUAAGAGAAAAUGAAGCUAAAAAAGAUAGACCCGAACCAAAUGAAGUUCUUACACAAACUCAACCUGUAUACGUCAAACGGAAUUUGUCUCAUAUGGUGCCUAUACAGCCAAACGGAAUUGCAGAUAUGCAAGGAUAUAGGCAGUCUCCACAACCGAUGUACAAUGGACAUUAUCAGAAUGGACACUCGCAAAUACAAAAUUCUGCACAGAACCCUCUUGCACCGGUGCAGCAUCCUCAUGUACCGGUACAAAAUUCUCAUGUUCCGGUACAAAAUUCUCAUGUACCGGUACAAAAUUCGCCUGUACCGGUACAAAAUUCGCAUGUACCGGUACAAAAUUCUCAUGUACCGGUACUAAAUUCUCAUGUACCUGUACAAAGUUCUCACGUUCCGGUACAAAAUGCUAAUGUACCAGUACAAAAUUCUCAUUUACCCAUACAAAAUUCUCACGUAGCAGUGCAAAAUCCUCAUGUAGCGAUGCAUAAUUCCUCCCAGAUUCAUAGACAAAAUUCUCAGAGCGAUGUUCACAAUAGACCUAUUUAUUCUUCUGAAAUGUUCAAUGGACAUCAACCUACUUUUCAACGUACUAAUAGUUAUGAAGACAAUUACUCUGUCAAUCAAAGUACAUAUUCACACCCUCCUAGACAAUCGCCCUAUCAACCGAUUCCACAAAAUUCUGCAGCUUACGCAGCUUAUUACAAUUAUAAUAAUAAGAAUCCCCAAUACUCAUCUUCUCCUAGAUCUUCUCAAAUGAGGGUAACAAAUCCCAGUCCUAUAAAUGGACAUCCAGCUUAUCAAACCCCGCCUUAUCAUAAUCAACAAAAUCAGUACAAAAACGGGUACGAUCAGAAUGCUUAUCAACGAGUACCCAUGCCAGAUAAUUACCCCAGGUACUCACCUCAAAGCGAGUCUCAUUCACAGAAUUCGCCGUACCAACGGGUACCUCCACCUUCGGAACAUUCUAUGGUGUAUCAAAGGGUACCACAACCAGAAUACGAUCACCAAAAUUCACCUUAUCAAAGGGUACCUUUUCCUCAAGAUGCGUACCAAAGGGUGCCGCCCUGUCAUUCAGAGGAGGUAGGUAAGACAUCGCCAUACCAGCACGUCCCUCCGCCUAGGCAAGGUUUAAAGAAGACUGUAAGUUUCCUACCAGGCACCAAAGGGGGUGCAGAGUCUCCGAUGCCUUGGGCUGUGGUUACCCCCAUCAUAGUUAAUAACGCGAACAAUAGUGUUCCUACAGACAAAACUAAGUGCAAUCUGUGUAGGAAAAAGAACGUAGUGGCUUUGAAUUUGUACUGCCAAGACUGUGAAUUUUAUAUGUCAAGGUUCAAACCGAAGAGUUAA